AUGACCGAGGUGGCCCCAUUUACAAUGACAGCGCUGGCGGAGUUUCUUGCUCAGGAAGCCUUGCGGUCUGUUCCUCCCCGGGAUGCCAACGAGGCGGCUGAAGACAGCGGAGCCUGGGCACUUGUGAAAGGGGGACCCGCGGCAUCCCAUCCCUCGGUGCGAUCUCCGGCGGGAGGGGCGCGGGGUCUCAGCCGGCGGUGCUCCGGCUGCUCGGAGGCGGCAGCAGGCCUUUGCCCCGCCAGCAGCCGCUCCCUCCAGCCUGCCUCGUCCAGCCGCACCGCGGAAAGCCGCGGCCCCGCUCCGCCCCACGGGCCCGCAGCCCGGCUUUGCCCGACGUGCCGGUCCGAGCUGCUCCGCGGGAGUUCUGGACCCGCGUGGGUGGCGUGCGGGCAGAACGAGACGGAGUCCAUCGUGCUGGAGGGCAAGUGCCUCGUGGUGUGCGACUCCAACCCCACCUCCGACCCCACCGGCACGGCGCUCGGCAUCUCCGUGCGCUCCGGCAGCGCCAAGGUCGCCUUCUCCGCUAUCCGUAGCACCAACCACGAGCCCUCCGAGAUGAGCAACCGCACCAUGAUCAUCUACUUCGACCAGGUGAGUUUGAUGCUAAAUGGGUGGCCAGUGAUUUCUGCCUUUGCAGGGGACCAAGAUGUAACCCGAGAAGCUGCUAGCAAUGGAGUCCUGAUUCAAAUGGAGAAAGGAGACAGAGCUUAUCUAAAACUGGAGAGAGGAAACUUGAUGGGAGGCUGGAAGUAUUCAACAUUCUCUGGAUUUCUAGUGUUCCCUCUUUAAAUCACUUCUCAUCCAAGAAAAGGGAGAAAUCUCUUACAAAUUCUCAAGUCAGAGCUGGGUUUGAAGAAUCAUGGACAGCAGACUUUUUACAUUCAAAUAUUAAAGAAGCUUAAUCCUGCUUAGGUUUGUGUACAUCAGCUUUGAAGAAUUACUACUUAUUUUUGUUCUGUUGCAGCCAACAGGCGGGAGACACUAUAAUUGAUCAAACCCCCAUUUAUAUUCUUCUCUCUGCUCCCACAAAAUUAGUUCCCAUCUCUGUGUCAUUGGUGUAAUCUGCCAUUGUUUCCCCAUGGCUUCUGCCUCACACAAGUAGACUUUAGAUAUUUUCAUUGUCCUUUACAGCAUAUUUUGUAGUUGUUUUUUUUUAAACAUGUUAAUCUUGACUCUUUCUCUGAGUUUAACUUUUAAAAAAAAGAAAAAAGCAAAGUAUUUUUUGAAUACAUGGAUGCCAUGAUGGAAGGGAAAAUGCAAUUCUUGCUGUGUACUGGCUGGCAAAAGGAGAAAUUUCUACAUGAAGAACUAUCCACAGCCAAGGCUGACUAGAGUAUUUCAAUAUUUCUAUGUAAUUCUGAGUGAUUGUGAAAUUUAAGGCUGCUAAAUGUUUUGAUGCUUGUUUUGCUCUUGUACAACGUGGCCCAACUAAAACGCCAGGAAGUAUAUUGAACUUUUACUAUUACUCUGUAAUAUAUGUGUGAAUAUUGAAAAUUAAUUUUUGCUUUAAUUCAAUAAAGUUUAAAUGGGACUUUUAUUUUUCUUAACCAGAAAUAAGGUUUCUCAAUGCAGGGAGGCCGGGGCAGGAGGCUGCUGCAGUGGGACGGGCUCGGGGGGCGCGGCCCGCUGGCCCCCGCUGCCCCGCACGGGUCCCGCAAGCCCUGCGGGCAGUGCCGGCAGCCCGAGCGGACCCGGCCACAGGAGCAAGUUUCACGCCGUCUCUGAUAUCCACUUAUUUAUAGCAUUUAUCUGUAUUAUAUUCUCUAAACCAGAUCGCAUUUUAUACGGCCGCCUAAAACCACCUGACCAUGUGCACUCGAGGCUGGUACUAUUGAUUCGCUGGUAUUAUUUGUUUACCGUCUUUUGAAGAUAUAAAUGCUAUAAUUUUGCAGUACUCAAAGAGAUUACUACUUUUAUUAAAAGGUGCGUACCGAGGAUUUCGAUUGUAUCUAA